CUUUCAUGAGAAGAGGACGCUGAUGUAUGACUUCAUUUUGCGGCUUGUAAUACUACCAAAAGAGUGUCAGAAAAAUACUUAAAAUAUGCCACCAAAGAAAAAAGACUCUGAAAUCGAAAAACCUCCACUUAUUGGACGAGUCGGAACUAAUUUAAAAGUUGGAAUUGUAGGACUCCCAAAUGUUGGAAAAUCCACAUUUUUUAAUGUUCUCACAGCAAGUCAAGCUCAAGCAGAAAAUUUCCCAUUCUGUACCAUAGAUCCAAAUGAAAGUCGAGUUCCUGUUCCUGAUGCUAGAUUUGACUACUUAUGCAAUUUUUACAAACCUGUAAACAAAGUUCCAGCCUUUUUGAACAUAGUGGACAUAGCAGGACUCGUCAAGGGAGCCAGUGAAGGCCAAGGACUUGGAAAUGCUUUUCUGUCUCAUAUCAAGGCCUGUGAUGCAAUUUUCCAUCUGUGUCGAACUUUUGAAGACAAAGAAGUGACCCAUGUGGAAGGUGAUAUUAACCCUGUUCGUGAUAUUGAAAUAAUUAAUGAAGAGCUUCGUUUGAAGGAUGAAGAGUAUAUUCUUGGAACUAUUGAUAAGAUGGAACGUACUGUACUCAGAGGUGGUGACAAAAAAGCCAAGCCAGAAUAUGACAUCCUCUGUAAAAUUAAACAUCUUCUUGUUGAGGAAAAAAAGCAUGUACGGUUUAGUGAAUGGAAUGCUCAUGAGGUAAGUUUUAUUGUAUUGCUAAUGUUAUAUAUACAGAUAUGUCUUGCAUAUGCUCAUGAGGUAAGUUUUAUUGUAUUACUAAUAUUUUAUAUAGAGAUAUGUCUUGCAUAUGCUCAUGAGGCAAGUUUAUUGUAUUACUAAUAUUUUAUAUAGAGAUAUGUCUUACAUAUGCUCAUGAGGUAAGUUUUAUUGCAUUACUAAUAUUUUAUAUAGAGAUAUGUCUUACAUAUGCUCAUGAGGUAA